AGAUCUCAAGAAAACAGCUGUUCUGAAGAUGCUAUAGUGCUGAACAUUGUCUUUUCCCUUUGUCUGCUAUGUCCUCAGAUUGGGCAGUUGGCGAGACUUCAACAGCCUCUGAACGCCCUCCUGAUUUCCAUGGUGUUAUUUUGUUUUAUCCACCAAACAACAAUAAUGCUCUUUGUUUGUGAGGUUAUCAUCCAUUCAAUGGCCGAACUGGAUAAGGCCCUUCAUCAAAUCUAUAACUUCACCAGUGUUGUGAAUCUGUCUUCAGUGACCUGGCUCAGCAUCCUCUUCUACGUCAACAUCGUGCCCAAAAAGCACUCUACAGCUUUUUGUCUGGUUGAAGAGACAUAUCAAGAACGUGGUGUACAUCAGUCUCGUUGUGGACAGGAUUGUUCUUCUUGUGGCAGAGUUAGUUGUCUAUACUUGGCACCUUACAGAAGAUCAGCACAUUGAAGAAGAUCAACACUUUAAUUCAUCAUCCUACUUCAGCAUCACUACAGAAUUAGGCAUCAACAAGGAUGUAUUUUUCAAUCUGGAGAAAGCUUGCUUGACAAUGUAUGGCAUUCUCUUAAUCAUCUACUUUGGGACUAUGAUUCUGUCUUGGAGCAGCACCUACAUUUACCUGCGAAGGCACAUGAAGAGGAUGGAGGAGAGCAGUGGCCCUUUCUCCCAGCCCCAGCUACAGAGCCAGAUGAGGGUCACUGUUACAGGUUUAGUUCAGGCUGUUCUGUAUUUCCCCUGCUGUUUAUGGACAAUUAGUGUGAUGUUUCUUGUCAGUCUGGCAAUUUAUGAGGACUUUGAUCCCCAUGGUUUCAUCCAGGUCACAGUUUCCUCUCUGGUUGCCCUAUACAGCUCGGUGUGUCUGGGGUUCUCCCAAACUGUCUUCAGACAGAGGGUGGUGUCUCUCUUCAAGGGAGUUUUCAAUCAAUGUAAUGAGAGAGUUUUCUAGCGUAAUGGGUAAGUGUUCUCUGUGUUCAACAUAUUUAUUUUAUUUUAGUAAGAAAUCCUUGUUGGGCCGUAUUGUAUGUUUGACACUUGUGAACUAGAGUGUAGUAGUUGUCCAGUAAAUACUAAUGCUAGGCCAAUUGUUUUUAACUUAGCGGAUAAUUCUAUUGGAGUAGCUACAUGCCUUCUCUUUAGCUAGCUACAUAGAUCUGCUGUGUUCUAGUGAUACAGUGGGGAGAACAAGUAUUUGAUACACUGCCGAUUUUGCAGGUUUUCCUACUUACAAAGCAUGUAGAUGUCCCCAAAUAAUUAUUUUUAAUUUUUAUUUAUUUUCUGAAAUUUUUAUCAUAUGUACACUUCAACUGUGAGAGACGGAAUCUAAAACAAAAAUCCAGAAAAUCACAUUGUAUGAUUUUUAACUUUUAAUUUGCAUUUUAUUGCAUGACAUAAGUAUUUGAUACAUCAGAAAAGCAGAACUUAAUAUUUGGUACAGAAACCUUUGUUUGCAAUUACAGAGAUCAUACAUUUCCUGUAGGUCUUGACCAGGUUUGCACACACUGCAGCAGGGAUUUUGGCCCACUCCUCCAUACAGACCUUCUCCAGAUCCUUCAGGUUUCGGGGCUGUCGCUGGGCAAUACGGACUUUCAGCUCCCUCCAAAGAUGUUCUAUUGGGUUCAGGUCUGGAGACUGGCUAGGCCAUAUAUUUAUGGUGGUGUUUCAUUUUUAUCCACCAAACAACAAUGUUCUUUGUUUGUCAUUUUGCCCUCAGUCCUUUUGUUUAUGGACUUUAUUUGACCCUGAAGCACUCUACUUCACCAAUGUGGUGUCACACCCUGGCUAUGGGACUCUAGUUGUUGAGCCAGGGUGUGUUUGUUCUAUGUGGUGUGUUUCUAUGUUGGGGGUUCUAGUUCGUCUAUUUCUAUGUUUUGCCUGAGUGACUCCCAAUCAGAGGCAACGAGUGUCAGCUGUUGGCUGGUUGUCUCUGAUUGGGAGCCAUAUUUAAACUGUCUGUUUUCCCUUUGUGUUUGUGGGUUUUUGUUCCGUGUUCGGUCAUUGUUACCGUUGGACGUCACGAGUCGUUUCUUGUUUUGUUUAUGGUAGAUUAUCACUAAAGAUAAUAAAGUUCACCAUGUUCGUUCAACACGCUGCGCAUUGGUCUCUCCCUGACGAUCGUGACAUGUGGUCAACCUGUCUUCAGUGACCUGGCUCAGCAUCCUCUACUACAUCAACAUUGUGCCCAACAAUGGACAGCUUUUCGUCUGGAUAAAGAGACAUCAAUAACGUGGUGUACUUUGGUCUUGUUGCGGACAGGGCCAUUGUUCUAAUUGCAGGGGUAUUUGGACUACGUGUCUAUACUCGGCCCAGAAGAACAUCCCUUGAAUUCAUCCUCCUCUUUCAAUGCCACUACAGAAUUAGGCAGCGAUAG